CCGCCGCUCGCUUGGUCUCCAGCAAAUCAUAAGACAGGGUUCGCACGCUAAGGAAGCGCCCAAGCAGCUGGCACACUCUCUCAUUGGUCCUCUGCUACUUCACUUGCAUGACUUCACGGCCCUUGCAAGGUGGAAGUAAACACACACGAAUGCUCUCUGUAGGCGCCGCACCAAGAAUAGUUGAGGAGCGCUUCUGCAGCAGCUGUAGUAGCUGUCUGUCUCGCAUGUCCCUUUGUGGUCAAGCAGCAAUGUGCGUUGCAACACCGGCGGCCACAGGUCUGAAGUGUCGUCGUCGUCGUCGUCGCUGUUGUUGUUGCCGAUUCAUUCAUUUGAUCCUUCGGUCACUUUCUCUCGCAAACGACGGCAUCCAAUCAUGGCAACUGCAUCAUCAUCUGCGACCAUGGCUGCCGCUGGCUUCGACAAGAGGCCCGCUAGACUAGACACUGCAUCGCUGCCAACUCCAGGAUCCAGCACUUUCCCUUCGGAGCUACCAAGUCCCAUGGUCAGCACUCCAGCAUUCACAAAGAGAGACGAAGCACUGCGAACGCCCAUCACUCCACCUUCAGCUUACCUGGAUUUUCUCAAAAACUAUACACCAGCGAUCCAAAGUCCGGCCUCGAGCACCAGUGCCAAAUGCGGCUUCAGCGAUAAGACUUUCGAUCGAUCGCUUGAUAAAAGCGGCUCGGAAAUUCCUGGACCAAAGUCAUCAGUCAGCCCGCCCACAUCUCAGCCAACGUUGUCUCGGAAUACGUCUUGCGAUUCAAGUACAAGCGAGCUGAGUGCUGUAGCAAGCAGCAGUGCAGCUUCAGUAUGCAGUAAGAGACCAGAGUCUCCUCGUGUGAUCAUCCCACCAUCACCUUUUGUCAAGCCAGCACCACGAUCCGCUGGCACGCCACGCCGACUGCACAUUCCAACAUCCUGCUUUUCACCCUCUCUGGCCUCAGCGCAGUCAGUUCCGUCACCAUAUAGCUCAACUCCUCUUAGCGCUGCACCGUGGAAUGCAACAUUCUCUCCACGCGAACCUCCCGCCGACAUUGGCGGACCAUCCGGCAAAGUCCACGUCCGACAUGUCGUGACCAGAACAGUGACAUACUGUCGGACACCUCUCGAUCCAGCACCCAAGGGCAAGCGAAGAAAGAUCGAGGCAGACGACGACGUUUCAUCUUCGAAAGCAUGGUCGGAAGACCCGAACCCUGAAAUUAAACAAGAACGAAUUUCAAAGAUUGACGAGGAAUCAUCGAGCGAAGCAUCGGAAAAUGCAUCUGAUGCAUAGAUCGGGCGUGAAACGAUCAUCACUACCAUCGUUCAUACAACUUCUUCUUGCGUCAAGACGAUUCUAAUGAUAGCGCGGUUCACUUUCCCUCUGCGGAGGAAGCGACCGACACGACAUGCCUGAUUUCCAUUACGAGACACGACCCACCAUUAUAUCGGUGCAGCCUUCGAAAGCCCGGCGCGGGAAGGCGUAGUCAAUGGAGUUGAGACAUAACGGAAAACGAGGCCUUGAAAAGGCAUCUCCCUUGGAUAGCAUCGUGGCGCAUUCUGGGGGACUGAUUUGGUUGGCCAUCUGAUUACAUGGCAAAACAUUUUACCUUGUGUGCAGCAGAAGUAGCGAUAACGCUGAUUGCAGUCUCCGAACUGCAAAAAUGAACCUAUGCACAGAACGUCUUCAAUGGUUGUGUCUUGUUUCUGCUCUCCGUUCUGAAACACUUGUAUCGCGAGAACUCGUGUGAAGUUAGUACUUCGAUUUGAUGAGAGUUGCGUGAGAGGCUGCUGAUGAAUUACUUGGGGGAGUGUGUGGCGUGCGGCUCGAAUGACAUUGGAGCAGGCCACGCCUGCGGAUACUGGAACGAUGAGGUUACUCGCAGCGGAAAGACUUGCUCAUAAGGUAAGCUUGAGUACAGGUAGUAAGAUUACCUACGAUGCAUCAUGCGUCUUGCGAUAGCACGUCUAAGGACUCAACCUCUGUACCUUCCACUCACCCCCAUCAUUCUUCACAUACUGAAAGCGAUCAUGCAAUCGUGAAGGUCUACCCUGCCAAAACUCCAUGGUCUCCGGCAUGACUCUCAAACCACCCCAAAAUUCGGGCACAGGAAACUUCUCCUGAUUCUGGAACUUCGCUUCCACGUCCUUCACCUGCUGCUCCAACUCCUCGCGAUCCUUCAGCACCGAACUCUGCUGACUCGCCCAGGCACCCAGCCGACUGCCUCGAAUCCUCGUAUCAUAGUAGACCUGCGAUUCCUCCGAAGUGAGACGUUCGACAGUGCCUUCCACGCGGACUUGUCUUUCGAGUUCAUGCCACCAAAAUGUCAGAGCAGCGUGAGGAUUCGAGGCAAUAUCUGCAGCUUUACGGGAUGUUCCCCAGUUGCUGUAAAUCACGAAGCCUCGAUCGUCCAUUUCUUUGAGGUACACCAUCCGGGCGGACACUUUCCCCGAGGGCAAAGAAGCUGUCGAUAGCGUGACGGUUUCUGGCUGAUGGACUUUGGACUCGUUGGCAUGCUUGAACCAGAUAUCGAAUUGCUUGAACGGGUUUGCGUCCAACUGGGAUUCUUCGAGUGAGCCCUUGGUGUAUUGCUCCGCUUGGAGGGUGCCAUUUGUGCCGCCGGGGGCGAAUAUGUGCUUUUGUGUUGACAUGCUUCUUGCUCUGGUGAUGCUUGAUGUCGAUAAUGAAGGUAGUCGUCGAAGCAUC